AGGCUCGAGGCGGGGCUGAACCCAGACUGGAUCCGCGUGCGCGCUCAGUCACCGAGUGAGUGAGGAGUGCGUAGCUGUGGUGGUGGUGGUGGCGGUGUGUGUGCGUGCGUACAUUGCACCCGGAGACACGGCCACACAGAGACACCGACAGGGAGCCCUCCCUCCCCUUCCUGCUCGCACCUCCCUGCCGCCGCCGCCGGCACAAAAACGGUGGCUUGCUCGCUCUGCUUUGUCCCUCGCAACCCCCCCACACCCUGUCCUCCCAUCGCCACGUCUCUCCUUGCGCUCUCCGCUUCGCUCGUUCGUCAGCAGCGCCUCGUCACAUUCUCGCCUCUACCCACCCCGUCUGCCCCGGGGCUAGUUACGCACGGGGAAACAUCCCCAUCGCAUCGUUCAUCCUCCACGUCCACGCGCGCCGCCAGUGUUGUGGUUGUGUGCUUGGUGAGCGCCACAGCUCCAUUCAUCCUCCUCCUUCCACCGUCUCGGCUCCCAGACGCGAGAUGGGAAUCGAGACACUCCUCGAAGCAGCGCGCUACGUGGAGUGGCAAGCGCAGCGGCGAUCCAGAGAGCGCACGGCGUGGGCCGAGAGUGUCAUCACGUGGCCGGGAGAGCAGCCCCAGCACCUGCACGGCGCUCGCGGCGAUGCGGACUCGUACCACGGCGAGUCUCCGGCCCCACCACCGCCACCGCCGCCGCCGCCGCCGCCUCCGCACUCCCGGCCGCUGCCACCCGCCACCGCCGCUCCCCCCCUCGCCCCCGCGCCCCCCACGGACAGUGCCCCCGCACCGCCGGCCCCCCCCGUCCCCGCCGCCCUUCGACCCCCCGCCCCGCGAGGCCGCCACGCGCGGAGCGGCCCGCCGAGUGACGCUCCCUCAGCCGCCGCGGGUCCCGGCGGCCCCGGCUCGUGGAGGCCCCCGCGCUGCUCCCCCUCCACGUCCCCCGGCGUCUCGUCCGCGUCGCCCUCGAUCUCGUCCUCUUCCUCGGCGGCGUCGCCGUCGUCGCCGUCGUCGGCGUCGCCCAACUCCGGGCCGUCGUCGCCGACCCACGCGGGGCCGUGCCGGGGCACGCGCAGCCCCAAGGGGUCGCCCGCGCCGCCGCUCUCCCCCGACUCCUCCAAGCCGGAUGACCUCAAGAAACGCGCCGGCACGCGGGAGGCGCACAACAAGCUGGAGAAGCACAGGCGGGCUCAGCUAAAGGAGAGCUUCGAGGCACUCAAAAGGAACGUGCCCAACAUGGGCACCAAGAAGACGUCCAACCUGGACAUCCUGCGCGGCUCGCUCAAGUACAUACAGGUGCUGAAGCGGAAGGAGCGCGAGUGCGAGCACGAGGUGGAGUGGCUGGCGCGCGAGAAGAUCAGCCUACAGCAGCGCCUGGCCGCGCUGCGCAACGAGCUCUCGUCCGCGCUGGAGCCGCACGAGGUGGACGCGCUGGUGCGCGGCGCCUCCGGCGGGCACGGCGACGGCGACGGGCAGCGCCGGCCGUCGGACCUCCGCGACGGCAGACGGGGCAACCCGUACGACGACGACGGUGGCGAGGACGAGGGGGACGACGACGACGACAACAUGGACGAGGACCGCAACGUCGCCGACGACGACGACCAAACGUCCACCGCGUCCGAGGGGGAGGAGGGCCCGGAGCCGGCUGUCGUCAACCUCCCGCUGUUGGUCAACCCGGAGCACGCGCCGCGCGACCUCUCACUCGCCAAGUGGAUGGUCGCGCCUCUCUCUGGAUCUCCGCACUGCUUGGGGCAGGCUCCCCGCAACAACGUAGUGCAGCAGAAUCAGCAGCAGCAGCAGCAACAGGGCAAUCACUGCACUCCACUGAACUCCACGCAGCAGCAGCGGCCGCAGCAGCAGCAGCCGCAGCAGCCUCAGCAGCAGCAGCAGCCGCAGCAGCAGCCGCAGCAGCAGCAGCAGCAGCCUCAGCAGCAGCAGCAGCCUCAGCAGCAGCAGCAGCAGCCUCCGCAGAUGGCAGUGGCUUCACCUCAGGGCCACGCAACUGCCCCGCCACCUGGCAGCGCCUCGUACCGAGGCCCCGCACCGCGGCCGGACCCGUCGCGCCCCGCGCAGCCCCAGCCGACGUGCAACGGUGCGCCGAGCCGGGCCCCGGUUGCUGCCCUGCCGCAGGGCGAGCGGGCGGCACUGCCGGCCUCGCGGCCCGUGGCGGCCGUGGUGUCGCCUCGCGGCUGCGUGGUGUCACGGGCGCCGGCGAUCGUGGCUCGGGUCACUCCCGUCAUUCAGACGUCGGUGAUCCGUGGGCCCACGAACCCAGCCCCGUUGAAAAACCACAACCUCAACAUCAAUCAUUUUCCGCAUCAGCACAACCAUCACAAUCAUAGCGAUAAUCAUCACCACCACCAACACCACCACCAUCAUCAUUUCCAGCAACAUCACCAGCAGCAGCAGCAUCUCGAACACAACCACCAUCAGCACCAUCACCUCGCGGGCAGUCUCGCUCACACACCUCCGCCGCUGGUCAAGCCGCAGUGAGAGGGACGAUGCGGGGACUGCGUUUGUCUCGGUUGAAGAGCUGCGGGACCGGUGGCAUGGGUGGGCACAGAGUUGCCUCCAUCUGCCUCCCCAGGACGUCGAAGCAGACCGAGCGGAGGAGAUCCCCCGCUAGGUUCGCGUUUAUUCCUCCACUCUCGAUCCAUGAUCAUGUGACCUUGGAGAAGCGGAGGAACAGAAUCAACAGCAGUGGCAAAACUUAACGUGCACUCCGGGGGCUUGUUGUUCGAGUUGUGGAAUAUCCCUGCUGUCCGUCAGCGGCUCUGGGUUUUGGUGGCGGCUUGCCCAUCGCGUGUUGCUCGGGCGGGUUGGGUGCUCUUGUUAAUCCUUCUCGAGCCGGCUCCGUUUCACCUCACCUUUCGCAAUAUGGGCGGAAGACCCACGAAGCUCUGCCUCUCUCACAUGUGAAUCUUCCCGCGCACUCUGUCGAGCACUGGAUGCGCCCAUUGAAGGAGCUGGAAUCUUCCACGACGGUUGAAGUGCACCAAGGACCAAUCCAGCUCCACUCUUAUACGGCAACAAAAGGAGCUGUAAAAGUUAAAAAAGUAAAAAAAAAGAAGAGAAAAACCCUCGGAUCCUCUUUUUCCACAACGAGCACUUGACUUGUCCAGCGGUUUGGGCGAAUCACACGAGAGCGAGCCAAUCACCUGCGCUUGCCCAGAACUAGCUGGCCUAGCUGCAGCAGGGCCAGGUGCUCGCGAGAGACCGAGUCAACCCGACGAGGUACCGAACGGCGACGAGGGACGGCCUCACCACGAACUCGAGGCAGCGAGGCCUGCCUAGGCAAGAGACACUCAUCAAGUGCUAAUUCCAUAAGAAAAAAAGUUUUCCCCCCCCACCCAACCCAACGAGGAGGUUCUCAUGCGGCACCUCGAGUUGUUUUUUCUAAGUGCGUGCGUGCAACGUGUGUGUGCGCGUCUCUCCGUCUCCUCGAAGCCCACACACGCUACUGUCAUCAUUUUGACACCGAUGGUUAGCAGAUAUUAUCUACUUGUGCCUCCCUCCAUCCCUGCCUCUCCCCCCUCCCCAAAAAAAAAAUCAAGUACCUAGCACUAAUAGUUUAUAUAUAUGUAGAAAAAUAAAAAAAAUAAGAAAAAAGAAUAACCGUGCAAUAGGCUGCGCUGAAGUUGGUGAAGACGGAGGAGACUGCUCUCAGCUUGCGGUGCGAGGGCAUCGCUUUGAUCGCAAGCUGCCCCCCCCCCUGCUCUCGCCCCGACCAACGGAGGAUAACGCACGGCCUGCGUCCCGCGUUAUCUCUCCGAGCCACCUUGGAGGGGGUAGCGCGGAGCAGGUGGACAUGAAAUGGGGUGGACGCGAGGGUUGGCUGGCAGCGUACGCGGCUCACUCGUUCGCUCAGUUUGUUUCAUCCGUCUGUAGCGGCCUCCUCCCCCACCCCCCCCACCCCCCCCAUUUAUCCGCUGCUACUCUGAGAGGAUGAGCGAAGUCCGCGGUGCCCGAUGGACCUUGUCCGGCCACACCACCACCAUCGCCGCCGUCACCCCGUCUGAUUAUUGUGGUUGUGACCGGAUGGACUGGCAAAAGAAACAUUGUUUAUUUUUUAACUCUCACGUUUACUUUUUUUCUGGACUACGAAGCAGAUUGUUAUUUUUUUGUGACCAUCAGUGGCAAGGCUAGAGGCUUGGGAAUUACAAAAGAAAACAGCCUCGAUCGUAAAAAAAAGAGAUGUUUCCAAGCCAAUCGUGGGUUGAAAUGCUGUAUCUGCAUAGACUAGAGGAUUUUGGACUAGAAGCAUAAUAAAAGGUAAAAAAAUGUUUAUAAAAAAUAAACAUAAAAUAAAAAAACAACAGCUUAUAAUUUGUUCAGGUAAAAAAACUAAAGCUAUAUCGGGAGAAUGCUUUGUGUUGGAAAAAUUAUGCUCGUAUUCUACAAUGUUUGAAUGUUGAACUUCUUUCGUACCGUACGUAGCCAAUCGGAGGUGCGAGGGCAGGCCAACAAAGCAACACUACUACUACUACAAUCAACACUACUGCCAUGUUAAGUCAGGUUCAUACGAUGCCCCUUUUGGAUAUCGCAGUACGUACGUUCUUUCGGACCGAUCACAUCGCACCGAUUCUACGGCGUACGUAGCCAACCGGUUCACUGUUUAGGUUUCAAUGUGAUCCACAUUGAAAUGUGAUCCACAUUGAAACCGAAACUGUGGAUUCAGGAUGGGAGAACAAAAAAAAUCAACUCUGUUGUUUUUUUUUCCUCUCUUUCUGUCGUUGCUAAAUUUCUUCCCUCAUUUUAUAAUUUUAAAAAAUUUCACAUUUUUAAAGUAACUCUUUUUGUUUAUGUCCUCCCACCCCCCGAACCCCCCCCCCCCCCAUUUGUGUUAUUACUGUACGUUUGUUUAUUAUUGUUGUUAUUGUUUUUGGGCUGUAGACACUGAUGUGACCGCGAGCUGUAUGAAAGGAGCUAUCGGCCAAUCCACCGCCUGUAAUUGUCCGUGACGGCACCGCAGCGCCUGGUGGAUUUCGUGACGUGCGGCCCCGCCGAGCUUUGACGAUCGCCACCGUUGGCGCCCCGUUAGCCACGUUCCUUUGCCGGACAGCCGUGGGUGGAGAAACUACGGCCACGCGGGCCGGACAUUUCGUUUCGUGUAACCCGUGGCCACACGAGGCCUACGCAAGGCUUUAUUUAUGGAACAUUUGCCAGAGCUCAGAUCCCUCGCCAUUAAGCCCUGGGUCCUACUACUUCCGCAACAGCUUGCAAGCAAUAUUUAUUCGUCACUGCAAACAUCUUCAGCCGCACUAAUCGGGUACUAGAGGGGACAUGUUUUCGGCCCGCCAACAACACUGUGUUUCGAACUUUUCAAUGCGCUCCACCGCUUGUGUCCAUGCGCGAGGCCUCCUGCCGAAGGUAUUCGGAAGUCCUCUCCGGCUGUCGGCACUCGAAGGAAGCGAUUGCCUCCCCACCCACCCCUGCUGUAGGGUCUUGCGACGAUCUUGCAGCGAGGCGUUCCGGAGCGAGGCAGCCGCCUGGUUGAAUCUGUCCAUGAUGCACUACCUAAUUAAAUCGUGCCGCCCUCUCCGAUGUGCGCUCAUUGAUUGAGAUGCACUUCUGCUACACAAGUAAUUGUUUUUUUGAAGUCUUAAAGAUUUAAGAAAUCUUUAAUGUCUGUGAUUCCUGUAUGAAGUGUAUCUGCUCUGUGUGACCUCCCUCGAUCUCGUGAUGUUUCUCAUUUUUAAGUUCCCCCCCUCCUCCUCACCUUGAAAGAAGACAAAACCCCCACCACCAACGGUGAUUGACGUUUUUUUUGAAAGCAUGCGCGCUUUUUAAAUAUUUACGAGGAGCGUUUGAAGGCUAUGCGGUGUUGUGCGAGCCCGGGAGCACAGAGACGAUGCGGUGAAGGCUGCUGCAUGGAUCGGACGUGGAGUUUGUCGAUCGCAUCUGUAAUUACUGUAUUAAUGAGUGUCAAGACUCCAUUCCAAAGACUCCACUGCUGGGUUAUUCCCCCCCCCCCCGCCAAAGCGGCCUCCCAUCCUGCAAGACAGCGUCUCCGCACCUCGAUGACCCUACCGGUCCUCGCCAUUCAAACACAGAUGAAGUUGUUACAUGCCGCAUGAGCCUGAUGAUUGCUAAAUAACGCACGUUCCGUGCGACGUAUACUGCUGAUUCGCGUGAAGAUGGAGAUGUCCUGCAUUUGCACACGUCUUGUUCGUGCGGCGCGUGUGGAUCUGUGCCGUACGACAUGAUCCAGACCGCGCCGAUUCAUACUAAGACAGGGAUCUUGUGCGCGCAACGCCGAUUCAAAUUUGCACAUCUUCUGUGUGUGGACGCGAGGCUUCGAUUAAAAUUAAAUGGAACAGUGCGCGCGUAAGAAGCGCGCGCCCAAGGGCUGUAAGGUUAAAGGCCCCUCGACUUCACGCGGGGUGGCGCGCUUUAGCAAUCAUCAGGCAAGCGCGCGCGUAACAGCCUUGCGCUUGCGAGCGGAGGAUGACCGAUCGGUGGAGCGCGGUGGGGCACGCGGCUGCAACGGCCGGCGUUUUGGGAAGCCCCUGUUUGUAAAGCGCGCCACACACUCGCCAAAAAACUAAAAACGUGGUCUCCUCCCCCCCCCCCGGCGUUUGCUCGUCAUGAAUGAACGCGCGAGGGUGCGGGGCAGGGCAGCGGCCAAAUCCUGAUCGCCAGCGAAGGCCACAGUGUGGGACAUGGUUCUUCCAUUUCGUCAGUAAACACGGGCAGUUGCGCACAAAACUAAAAUAAAUAAAUAAAACACGUGAGAAACGCUACGGAUGUAACCCGCCGAAGCCUUACACAUUGACGUGAGCAACCGUGACUGGACUAGCGCCGUCAGGCUGUACCGGGUUAUCCCCUUGUUGUACGCUAAGAGGAAUACAAACAUAAAAUAAAACCAGACGAUUUGCACAGAGAAAAGCCAGGUUAUUUCUACUACUGUUUGUACUCCCCCCCCCCCCCCCCCCCGUUGCCUUGUACGGAACCCUCCUGCACAAAUGAAAUAAAAAAAAUGUAAAGAAA